UGAAAACACGCCGAUAUCACCAGUGCUCAGGCUGGCGUUAGCAACACUGAGUUAGCUAAUGCUAAAGUAGCGCUAUGUUUAGCAGUAAAAGUGAAACGUAACCCAGCGACUGCGAGAACGACGGGAACGCCGAGCAGAUCACAGUGCAGGGUGAAGAUGCCGGUGGACAGGCAGCGGAUGCGCCCCUGGCUCGAGGAGCAGAUCAACAUUGGGAGAAUCCAGGGCCUGAUCUGGGUAAAUAAGGAGCUGAAGAUCUUCCAGAUCCCGUGGAUCCACGCCGCCAGACACGGCUGGGAUCUGGAUAAGGAUGCUCCGCUCUUCAUGAACUGGGCCAUUCACACAGGAAAGUACCAUCCUGGUGUGGACAAGCCAGAACCCAAAACAUGGAAAGCCAACUUCCGCUGUGCCAUGAACUCGCUGCCGGACAUCGAGGAGGUUAAAGAUAAGAGCAUGAAAAGUGGGAGCAAUGCCUUCCGAAUGUACCGCAUCCUCUCAUCGGCAGAACGAGCGACCAAAAAAGCCAAGAAGAAAAAAAUGGAUCGAGAGGCCAGAGCAAAGACACCGACUCCGAGACGGAGGAGUAAGAACAUCGAGAAGGAAGAGAAGGAAGAGAAGGAAGAGAAGGAAUCACAGCGCACGGAGGAAACACUGCCGGAUAGUACCGUCUUAAUAACAGAACCAGAACACUGCAGCGAUGUCAGUUCCCCGAGUAAAACCUCGAUGAGUGACCUGCAGGACGUGUGCGCCGUGGUGGAGGUCACCACCGAGAACGAGGAGUCCGCCGUCAGCUCCACGCAGAUCCCCUACGAUUUCCAGGUCUCCCCCGUCUCCACCUGCUUCGAUAGUGACGACGAGAGCGUUCACAGCGGGGACGAGGUGAAGCCUCAGGACCUGUCCGCCAGUUCGGGACGUUCCUGCUCCUCGGUCCUGAGAAUGGCACCCAGCGAAGCGGACUUCGUUCCCUCGGAGAGGACGAACUUCUGGGUGACCAGCUGCCGCGAGGACUCGCCCAUGAUAAGCUACGACGUGGAACCCUGGCGCCCGUUCCUCACGUCCUUCACCUUCGACCUCCGCGCCGGCCCCGCCUCCCGCUCCAGUGUUAUCAUGAAAGCGGUGGACCUGUCCUCCAAAAAGACGUGAGGCGGGAACGCCGCGCUGCCGACCGGCCCUUCUGCCGCACCCCCGAACCUUUCCGAGCGGCGGGGAGGCGCGCGGGACGGGCGCGGUCGUACCCAUGGUGCUAUUUACAACACAUAACGAACUAUAAACACGUGUACGGCCGUGCAAAGUUCAGGACUCGUCGGGUGCGUUCGAACUGGAUGAUUUUUUUUUUGGUAGGUGGUCACACGACGCCCCUUUAUCUCGAAAAUACGACACCCUGGGGUGCUUGGGAAGGGGGGGUAGCAGUCCCCUGUGCACUAGCAUUCAAGUCUCAGAUGUCCUAGCGGCCUAGCCGGGCGCCCAGCAGACACAAUUGGUUAUUUCUAAAGGAGGGAGGGUUGUAUAGGGUUCCUUCUCAUCGGUACUGGAACAGUGACCUCUGCUGUCUGAUUAAGGCACCACAGUCUAACAUCAUAGAACGAUUGAGGGCGCUCUAAACACGCUAACCCACCAGUGGCAAGAUCUCAAGCUCUUGAGUUCAGAUCUCAGCUGUGCUAUCAGCCGACCGGGCGCCUGCACAGACCUACGAUUAGCUGCGUGUCUGUCUGGCUGAAACGGGGUUCCUCGUCACUGAGCAAUUACGCAAUUACGCCCUCUGCUGGCCGGUCGAGGAGCCUGCGCGGAUGGCAGGGCGCUCUGUGAGGCCCCGCCCCUGACGGGUAAAAAGAAGCGAUCUCUCCUCGAUUGUCAUUGGGAUUGGGGCUCAGGUGACGCAGGUGUUCUGUACACCAGCCCACCACUGUAAAUCAGAGUCUUAGUGGUGCUAUCAGCCUAGCCAGAUGGUCCACAGACACACAGACGUGUCACACGGGCGUGUCUGAGGGAGGGUAGGUGGGAUAAGGUUUCUCCUCAUUGCUGCAGCAACAGCGACUCCUGGUGUUUGCAUGCAGUAUGGCUGUCUGUAAGAAUCCAGCGCUGGCCGGCUUCGCUCGUAGGGUGGUGGUCGGAGGGUGCGGGUGCUAGUCUGCAGCAAACGAUAUAAAGACUAAAGAGGGUAAAUACAGGCCAGAAUGUAACUCAAAUCAUCCAGCGAUUUCGGACUGCGUUCGUACUGUGUGUUUUUUUUUUUUCGUUGCGUUUUCCGAGAAGCACGACGAGUUCUCGGAUGUUGCGCGGCCUGACGUGAACAUACCUCAGUUUCCCGGAACGUUUCCUCUUUAGGGAGCGUGUGGAAUUACCUCAGAGACUGAUCCACGCUUCGUUGCACUUCUGUUCGAGUAUUAAUAAUCAGAUGAGAAUCAGCCCGGUCCUUCCUUCUCUCUCACUUCUCCACAGUAUCAGACCGGAACUGUAGUUCUCAGGUAACACUAACGAUGGCGCCACAGCUCUUUUUUAUUUUUAUUUUUAUUAAAUAGCAUUAACUAACAGCCUGGUACAAACGUGGGUGAUUCAGAACGUCGGUUCUAUGUUUAUAAUCUGUACAAGCUCAGCUUAAUCUAUCGUGGUAGCCCAUUCGAACCCGGAUCUCUGCGGUGCUAUCGGCCGGCCUGGUGUCCACACAGACAUGAUUAGCCCUGCGAUAAAUUGGCGCCUUGUGUUUCCCGGUGAAACCGCACCCGUGUUGAUCCAGAUCUGGAUAAAGCUCUUGAUGAAAAUGAGAUUAAAUUAAAUGUAUCCUGGUCAGGGUCGUGGUGGGUCUGGUCUCUCUGGAAUCUCUGGAAUCAGCAAUACAAGAACACACCAGCACACCAUUCUGAAGGAGGGAGGGUUGGAUACAGUGACCCCUACUGUCUGAUUAAGGUGCCGCAGAUAAAUUGCUGUAGCCCCUUUUUAAUAUCAACUUCCACUAUUGUCGGAGGCCAAAUCUCAGCUGUGCUAUCAGCCACCUGUGCGCCUGCACAGACACACGAUUGGCUGUGUGUCUGUCUGGCUGAAAUAGGGUUCCUCGUGAGCAAUUACGCCCUCUGCUGACCGGUCGAGGAGCCUGCCCGGAUGGCAGUGUAAAAAGAAGCGAUCUCUCCUCUCUGGAAUUUCUGGAAUCAGCAAAACAAGAAGACACCCCGGACAGGACGCCAGACCACCCCUGACCCCUUCUCAGACGUCUGUGUGUAGACGCCAGAGCGGCCGAUAGCACCGCUGGGGAUUCAAACCCAUACCCUGGAUCCCAGUGUUAGUGAUGUAUCCUCUAAGUCUUGGAGAUUAAUUUCAUAAACUUUUUAGCACGUUGAUAUUUGGUUUACUUUAGUUUACCCAUAAUCACCACCCUGUGCAAAAGUCCCCCCCCACCUCAUUUCCCGCUCAAACUUUAUGACUUUAUGUUUUGUUGAUUUUCUAAGCUGAAAUUCACCGACUGGAAUGAGAUCGGAAAUGAAUUUGACAUUUAAUGAAGCUCGAGCUCCUUUUACACGAGGGAUCUUCAGAAAUAUAUUAAGCUUAAAAAAGAUUCAGUUCGUAAUAAAAUGCUCAUGAGUGCAUAUUAUUUACAAUAAACCAUAAUAAUAAUAAUAGAAUAAUAUAAACCUCGUCCUGGGUGCCGCACCCUUUCAGCCUAGUUUUAUUUGUACCUCAUUUAGUCGGACUCAGAACGAGUUGCUUUUUAUUUACUCUCCACGUCUAAUGAAAUCAUUUUUUAUUAUAAAUAUACACCGAUCAGGCAUAACAUGAAAACCACCUCCUUGUUUCUACACUCACUGUCCAUUUUAUCAGCUCCACUUACCAUAUAGAAGCACUUUGUAGU